AUGGACUCAAACCCUUUCGCUGUAUGGGACGAACGCACACCUGGAUCAGCAAAAGCGUCGAUUGCACCAGCAAAAUCGCAACGCACAGAAAGCCAGGAUGACUCAAAGGAUAUCGCACGCCUCUCAAUAGAGUACCAAGAAGAUGACCCUGGUUGGGGCGCGGCGUCGGUGUCGAUAUCGACAUCGAGAGCAAACAGUCCGGAGAAGACAAGGAAGCUGUCACCCACGGCGGCUGAAGCCAUUGUCUCGGCUACAACGGAGCCUGAGACUACAAUCGAGCCUGGAGCGCCUGCCUUGAUAGCGGAGAAGGACAUGAACUUGGGGCUUGCAGAAGAACCCGUAACGGAAGAGCCUAUGACGACCCUCACAAUCAAACAACACGCAGAGCCGGAGGAGGCGACACAUGUAGAACUUGCGACCAAAGCAAACGAUGACAAGGUAGACGAGGAGGAGGAGGAGGAGGCAUUCGAAGGUUCACGGCAGGAGCAACAGACUGAACAGCCAGAGGGUAGCCUAGAAGCGGAAUCGGAAGAGUUUGCACAAAAGGCAACACUCAAAUCACCACCGAAGGAAGGAGAGAUGCAAGAGGACGACGAAUUCGACGAACUAGCACCACCACACAAAGAGAAUAUGCAAGAGGAUGAUGGGUUUGAUGACUUUGGAGAGCCUGCAGAGGGAGUUGAAGGAGGUGCGGGAAACGAUGACUUUGGCGACUUUGACGACUUUGAGACGGGCGAUGCGCAGAACGACGUCGGCUUGGGCGACGAUGGCUUUGGCGAUGAUGGCUUUGGCGAUGAUGGCUUUGGCGAUGAUGGAUUCGACGAGCCGGCCGAAAGAGCACCAGUAGCGAUUCCAGCACAGCUAAUCCCUGCACCUGCACCUGUAUCAACACGGACAUGGCAACCACUCGAGGUCACGUCGAGAUCAACUCGAUACGAUUUGGCGGAAUUGGUGCAAGCACUGCUUCCGCAUUCAUCCGCAGCAGAGCGGGAGCUCACGAAUGUCGCACUUCGUCAAGUAGAAGGUCCAUCACAAGUGCUGGUGAGCGAAGGCUCGCGUCAAUUAUGGGAAGAUCUAUCCUCAUUCCCCUCGGUAAAGCCAAUGGAUUGGGUAAGAAGCAAGACAAGACGAGACUAUCUAAUUUCUAUGGGCAUUCCCGUCAAUCUAGACGAAAUCCAUUCCUGCUUCGCAUCAGGUUCUAGGGGCUCAAAGCAACUGCCACCGUUGCAGCUUAAAUAUGAUUCGUUUGCCAAUCGUCUCAGCUCCUCGCAUGAUUCGAACGGAAGCGUUCCACAGCGUAGCUCGAGCUUGAAGGUAUCCGGAACAUGCUCAGGCUCAUCAAGUGCAGCACAACGGUCAGCAUCAGCAUCCAACAGUCCACGCAACGGCAACUCGAGUCCAGCGCUUGGAUCAAGCACGAAUCGGGAACGCAUCGCCGAACGUCGUAGAGAGGAGCUUGGAUUGGGACCUGCACCGCAAGUCGAUCUCGGCCGUGCUGAAGAGCUGGUCAAGAAGACGGAAGAUCAACUGACCCUCCUCUCACUACCAGCACUGAAAACGUUGUUGAGAGAGCUAAACACGUUGACGACAUCAACUUCUAGCUUGUUGACACACCACUUGACGUUGCGAGAGAGCUACCAGGCGGAUUCGGAAAUGUACAACUCGAUGAUUAAGGAGCUAGUGACUGGCGCAGCGAAUAGGUUUAGUGGUGGAAGUGGUGGUAGUGGUGGUAGCAACUCGGUGGCAGGAGGUAGAGGUGAUAGCAGGAGAUCGACGACGAUGGGGAUGAGUGCUUCAAGUACGGGAAAGGCGAGGGUGAGUAGUAUGCCAGCAGCGUCUACGGCCAUGUUGGGCUCAAGGUCGAUAAGUCCUUCGCUAAGGGGCGGGGCGGCGUCCAGCGUGAGUCCGAAACGUUGA